AUGAUCCAUGCAUUUUUGGGAUUUCCAGGCAUGUCUAGAACUAGGCAGGUGUGUCCUCGGAAAACGUCUGUAUCUCCGAAACCAAGGGAGACCAAGGACCGGGCGUUGUAUUUUGGCGCUCUUACCU